AUGGAAAAGGAACUAAAUGAGCUACCUAAGUGGAAUGAAAAAGAAUGGAAAGAACUACAGGCUUGCAAGUUCUCUUGUCAAAAGACAACACUGCAGGAUGUCAGAAAGCAACUCCAAGACAUGCAUAAAAAAUUUAACAAAUUAAAAGAAGAUUUUGUCUACAAUCUGAGAAUUUUAGAAGAGAGAGAUAAAGAGUUAGAACGCUAUGAUAUCGUGGUCACUCAUCUGAAAACUUCUGAAAAUGCUAAAAAGACAGAGAUUAGUGAUCUUAGAAUACAGCUAGAUAAACUGGAGCAAGCACUUGUGAAGGAAAGAAAAAAACGAGAGGAACUUCAUUAUCACUGUCAACAAAACUUUGAAGACCAUAAAUUAGAGCUGGAACAGUUUUGCAGCUCUAAGAACAGCAACAUAAGUCAUCAGUGUGAGGACUAUGUGAGCCUGAAACAUGACAUGGAAAGAAGACUCCAGGAACUGGAAGGAGAGCUUGCUGGUCAGAAACAGGUUAAACUGCAGACCAAAGAACUGGAGGUACUGAAAGAGCCUGGAAUGAAAGCUGUAGCAUCACUGCAAAGAGCAGAAACAAUUAAUUUGAAACUGGAAAAAGAGAUGAAAUUCAAGGAUUUUGUAGCUGUGAAAGAUGCUCGGUAUUGUACAAAUUUGAUUAUGAUCAGAAUAAACUGCCUUUCAACUUUACAUGAAGUACUAAAUCAUACUGCCAAGGAAAAGCCUCCAAUGCCAGCUUCAGCAAAAGAAGCCCAAGUUGAACGAUUACAAAACUUGGAGAAACAGAUAAGGGAACUACAAAUGAGACAUAAAGGUCUGGAAAUGGAGCUACAUAGAAGAGAACAGAGUCACAGUGCUUGCUUAAGAGAGAAAGAUGCCCUUGUUGGAAAGUAUAAACAACAACUGGCUCUGGCAGGUAUAGGAGAACGGAUUCUGGAACAGAGUAAAGCACAAGAAGAACUGGGCUGGCAGCACUGCUGUGAGAAUGCUGAAAGAAAGCAGUAUCAGAAAUCAGAGGACCUAAUACAAAGCCUGUCUUCAGCAAGCAAGCAGGUUGAAGCUGAUCUACGGAAGACAGAAUGCAGGCUGCAUGAAAUGAAGACUGUUCUGUCUGCUUUUUCAGAGAGAGAUCAAACAAUCCAAGCACUUUGGAGUCAUGAUAAAGAAGAGAAAGAGAUAUUUCUAUAUGAUGAUAAAAGUUCUCUUAACAAAGAUUUUCCUACCUUGGAAGUACAAAAACUUCAGAAGCAGAAUGACAAUCUUCGGGCUACUAUUGCACAGAUGAGGAAAGAAAUGGAGAGUCUUGAUGAGCAGAUGCUGCCCUCUUGUCUUCUGACAGAAAACCAGCAGCUUGCAGAGCAGAAUAACGCUGGCAUAACUACAGAAAACUCAGCUCUCACACCUGGUUCAUCAUGUACAGACCAAGUUUCCACUAGAAGUACUUUAAACAAAGUCAAAGUGAGCUCAGCUAACUUGGAUUUCAUAGUAAAGGCACACAAAGAAAAGGGGCCAGAAAACAAAGUUCUUCAAGAAAAGAUGGUAGAUCAUGGACAACAAUUGCCUAAUGUAGGGCCCAGUGAUGGUCUUCCAUAUGGUGUGGGUUGCAGUCUACAAGGAAUACAGAAUAAACUGAAAGAAGCACUAAGAAAAAUCUUGAUUUUGAGCCAAGAAAAGCAGCAAUUAAUUGAAAUGGGAAACAGGCUCAGAGCAGAACUUGGAAUGGUAUCAAAGGAAGGGCUUGGGCAUCCUGUUAGCUCUAAGUGCUGCACAGUUUGUGUAGCUGCUGGUAGUCUUCUUCCAAGAGAUUUUGUCAAAAGAGCACAGUGUCAGCUUUCAGCUUUAGAGCAUCUACAGUACAAGCUUGCAACACAGGUAAUGACGUACUCUUCUGAAACACAUCUCUCAAGGCUCUCUUCUCUAAAUGCCUACUGUAGCUUAAAUGAAGAAGAAGCUCCAAGCAGCUGUAGGGAAGAAAUAGAAUUACCAUCCCUGGAGCUACAGUGCAGUUUUAUUAUCAAACUUGCCCUCAGAGUGGACUUUGAAGUUACACGUACGACUGAGAUACCUGAAGAAUCUCAGCAAAAUAUCAAAGCCAAGGAUAAAGCUGAAAUGCCAGCUACACAUUUGACUGUCACAGGAACCAGGCUGGAAGUUCAGCAGAAGUUAAAAUCCAGGAAUUUGUCUUGUGCUCAUCUCAUAAAGCCAAAAAUCUCUUCCAACGCGCCAAAAAUCCGUAACUACAACAUUAAAGAUUGA